AUGUCCAACCAAAACCAACCUCCAGCUACUGAGAAUAAUGAGACUGUGGAUGCAAGGGAGUUCACAGGAACAAAACUUCAACUUUGUCUCCAAUCUAUUUAUGACUGUACACGUACUUCCACAGAACUAGAUGCUCUCAAAAACAAGUUACAGUCACUAAGUUCUAUUCGACAAGCGCUUAGUAAUGAUGCCAACCGACCUGUUGCUGCUUUAGAAACCAUGAAUAAUACCAUCAAUGAAUUAGAAGCAGACAUUGAAAAAAAAACACAAAACAUCAAGAAUUCAGAAAUAGCUGUUAUUGAAGGAUUUCAAGACAUUGUAUCCAAAGUCAUGUCAGAAACAGAUGAGAAAGUCACCAAGGUCUCUGAAGGCAUCCGAAGAGCAUUGGAAAAGUUUGGCAAAUCAAUAACAGAUCAAUUCAACAAUAAACUGAGCGAGACAGAAAAGGGCAUCGAGCUACUGAAAACAGAAAAAUUGAGUGUAUCUGAAAAAGAAGCGAUUACAAAGAUCAUUGAUGACUUCAAAAGUUCUGUGAUUGAGACACAACGAAAGACAUUCAGCAACAUCACAACACAAAUGACAGCUCAAUUUCAGUCUGCUUCAGAAAAGAACGACAAGUUAAUGAAACAGUUUGAUAUAGCAAAUGUCACCCAUUCAGUUCAGGCCAAGGUGUUGGAGAGCAUGGAUAAAAAACUAAAAGAAAACCUGGAUCAACUCAAGAAAGAGAACACACAGUUAAUAGAAAAGCAUCAACAGAGCAAUAUCACCCUAUCGUCUAAAUUUGCAGAACUCAUCACAAAACAAGUUCAUGAACAAACGAACCCUGAUAAACUUCAAAAGAUCAUUUCUUCUUUACCUGAAUUCCAAGCACUUUUGACAAUGCAAGAAUCUCUCAAGAAUAACCCCCAAGGUCCUGCUCUGAAUGCGAAUGAAUUAGCUGAUUUUGCAUCUCUUAGAGAAUCCGUUUCAAGACUCUCCAAAGAACUGAAUGAGCUCAAGCAUAGAAGCAGCUCUACUCGUGCUAUUGUUGAUGUACUAAAAGAUGCAGGUGUCUCUCGAACCGAGUCUGCCAAGAUUGAUGUUGAUUACAAGGCUGCUGUGAAGCAUAUGGAAGAAAUGGAGCGCGAAGUAUCUUUGAUCUAUAACAAUAUUAAGAUAAUGGAAACUGUGGUUAGUGUGAAAUCAAAAGCUGUAGAAGAAGCCACUGGAUCCAAAGAAUCAACAGAAAUUGUUUCUCGAAAGAGACCUCGACUAGAAGGACCAGACGAAGAGAUGGUAGAUCAAACAGCUCUUUUGGCUAGAUUGGCUGAACUUGAGAAUAAACACCAAAAGCUACUUGACUUUAUUCUUCAAUGUAAAGACACUGUUUUGGAUGACAUGUUCCCUACUCGUUUGCAAGCCACAAUGAAGAAGAUUGAACAAGUCUUGGUUAACCAUGAAACCUUUAUUGCUUACCUAAUUGAUCCUUUCACAACCACUCAAAGAACUCGAUCUACUAACUUCACAUUACCAGAAGAUACUAGCUCAGUCAAUGCACUUCAUCCUUCUAUGUUGGAUGCUAUUACUCAACUUGUAAAGAAGACAGCUCAAGAAGUAUCUGCACCCUUACGUAAAAAGAUCAAAGUGCUUGAAGAUAAGCUUGAAAGACAACAACAACAAUAA